AGAAUAAUAGCAUAUUGAUUAAAUCAAAUGGAUGAUCUGAUUUUAUAACUAUAUCAUAGUUGUUAAAUUAACUUUAAUUCUUUUUUCCCAGCGGAUUUUUCAGAAAUGUACGAAUACGCCAAAAGGAACUUGAUUGAAAGUGGUCAACAGGCGGCAAAUAUUGCUGAAGAAAAACUUGUUGAAGCCUUUUUUCACGCUCUUGGCAUUUCAGAAGAUAGUCUUCUCGACAGACAACCUUACCAAGCAGCAGCCACAUUAGAAAGAAAUGACUUAAUUGAAUAUUUACAAGACAAAAACCUACCAACUGAUGGCUCACUUGAAGAUCUCCAAGAGAGAUACAAAAACACUGAACUCAGUUGUAGUCUUAAUGGAAAGCAAAUUCGUCUUCCUGAUCUUCCAUGGGACUUUUUACACUACACAAUAGCAGACGACUGCAUGCGUAUUGACGCAUACGCAGAGAUACGAAUUCGCGCAAUCAAUUACACCCGAACUUUCUCCGCUUACGUGGAGCUAGAUCCAUGCCAAUAUGUCAUCAAAGCUGCAUUUGAAAGAACCACUAUUACGUUGAUACUGUUCGAAUACAAUUGGGGUAAAGAAGAGAUGGUCAAGCUGGUCGAUAAUGUGUAUGUGAAAUUCAGGAUAGAUAAAGAUGAUAUAAAGAAAGUAUUCCUUAUUGAUCUUGGCAUUACAUGCGAUGCUGCAAGUAUCAAUCAGGAUCUUUUGAAAGGAUUUGAAAUACCUAUUCCAAUCUGUAACGGCAACUUUUCAUUACAAGGAAGCUUAUCGAGUAUAAAAGAAACUCUUGGUGGUCAAAUUAACAGAGAGGUAUUUGAUCUUGUUCUCAAACAACUGGGAAUCGAUAGAAUUAUACAAGAAGGUUCUUGCAAAGUACCACCACCUCCUUCUGACUGUCCUCCCGCUAUGAACAUUUCAAAUAUGAUACCUCCUUUUAUGAGAAAUAUCUUGCAAUGUGAGCUAGCUGACAAUUGUUUUGGUGUUACAUGUUGUGUUAACUUUGGCUUCACAAUACCAUUUUCUUCAAUUCAAAUAAGCAUAUCAUUUCCGGUGUGGUUCAAAAUGGAUCCCUGCGACUUUCGAGUAGACACAGGAAUAGGAUCAUUAAAAUAUGAGGAACAACUUCUGAAAUACGAAUGGG